AUGAUUGGGAAGUUUGGAGUAUCGGCAGCAUUUGGAAAUAUCUUCAUAUAUACAUCCGAACUGUUUCCCACAUCCAGCAGAAGUUUUAUCCUCUCAUCAUCCAAUAUCUGGGCACGGAUUGGAUCGCUAACGUCGCCCUACAUAGCUGACUUGUCUAUUCUGGUGGACAGUAUGUUCGGGAAGGCCCUACCCCUGAUUAUAUUUGGAUGUCUGGGUCUGUCAGCUGGGAUGGUAUCACUCGUCUUACCUGAAACUUUGAAUGCUUCCCUGCCAGACACCAUUCAUGAUAUCAUGUCAACAGACGCCAAGAACAACAAAAGGGCAUGGCGGCAGCAUUACCAUGCCAACCUGGACAGUGACGACACAUUGGACAUGCCUUUACAGUCAGCAUCCUGA